GAUAUCCAGACAUUCUUGCCAUCUAUGUCCUAGCAUCGCCGGUAAAAACCAAACGAAGGACUUUGGCAUCUCUUGAAAGUGGAGCAACUUAAAUCCGUCGAUUAGAUACCCAGACAUUCUUGCCAUCUAUGUCCUAGCAUCGCCGGUAAAAACCAAACGAAGGACUUCCGCAUCUCUUGAAACUGGGGCAACUUAAAGCCGUCGAUUGGGUCGCGGGGGGGUCUGGAGCCUAUCUCAGCUGCGGUCGGCGGGGUACAUCCUGGACAAGACGCCACCUCAUCGCAGGGCCAAGAAAGACAGAACCGGAACAAGUUGCUGUUUUUAUUGGAGAGGACUAUCGUCUCGCCGCGAGGACUUUGACCUCGGUGAUUAAGCCAAGUGGGCCCGUCGCGAACGAGUCGACUCUUUGGUACUUGGAGAGCCAAGGGUGUCCCGAGGUGAACCACUGACGUAGCAGCGCACUAAAAGCUGGGAAAAUCACUGCCUUUAUGGGCGUGUUGGAAGCACUUUCCCCUCCCCCUCCCCCCGCCCACACACACAUAGUUGUGUGAGCUGCCUGCACAGGAGAGGACAACAAUGUGGACCUUGGUAGGAACGUGCGUGCUCCUGCUGCUAAACUUGACCGGCGCUGCGGACCAGACCAGUGGAUCCAGCCGGAACAACCGCCCCGGUCACGCUGCUUCGUCAUACCUGGGGAAACUUCUGGUGGUGCCCAUGGACGGGAGUCACUGGAUCGCCAUCAAGGCCGUCGCACAGGAAAUGGGUCGGCGCGGACACCAGGUCACGGUGGUGAUCCCGGAGAUCAGCAUGCAGAUGGGCCCGGGGGAGCACUACCACACUCUGACCUACCCGGUGCCGUACGACAAGACCCAUGUUGAGUCUAUGCUGUCCGCCAACAAAGACAUGCUGCUCAAGUCCACGCAGCCUUUCCUGGAGAGAAUGCAGAAAAAGUUUGCACAGAUUUCACGGAUUAUGGAAAUGAUCCACAACGUGGCAGAGAGUCUUCUGUUCAACGACAGCCUGAUCGCACAUCUGGGUCAGCAGGGCUUUGACGCCGUCCUGACAGACCCCAUGUUGCCUACAGGCGUCCUAAUCGCUCGCAAACUAGGUAUCCCCAAUAUUAAUAUUCUGAGAGGAAUUCCCUGUUUCCUGGAUAUGCAGUCUGCAGGAUGCCCGUCGCCGCCUUCGUACGUGCCUCGCUUCUUCACUGGUUUCACAGACAAGAUGGACUUCAAACAAAGAGUCCUCAACACCGUGGUGAGUGCGCUGGAGCCGCUGCUGUGCCGAGUUGUGUACUGGCACUUUGACCGCAUAGCCGCUCAGUUCCUCAACAAAGACGUGGGUGUGGCCGAGGUGUUGGCAGACUCAGCCAUCUGGCUGCACAGGAUCGACUUCACCCUGGAGUUCCCGCGGCCGCUCAUGCCCAACAUGGUGCCCGUGGGGGGCAUCAACUGCGACGUGAGGAACCCCCUGCCAGCGGACCUGGAUCCAUGGGUGUCUGGGGAGCGGGGCUUCGUGGUGUUCACUCUGGGCAGUGCCGUGCCGGACAUGCCAGAAGACAUCACCAGGGUGUUCCUCCAGGCCUUCAGGCAGAUCCCACAGAAGGUGAUAUGGCGAUACAGUGGAUCUGUUCCUGGCGAUAUCCCAGAAAAUGUGAAGAUGAUGAAAUGGGUUCCUCAGAACGACUUACUCGCUCACCAUGGAGUGCGGGCCUUCAUCACUCACGCCGGGUCACAUGGUCUCUUCGAGGGACUGUGCCACGCCGUUCCCAUGGUGAUGGUGCCGGUCUCCGGAGACCAGCCCGACAACGCCCAGAGGCUGGCGAGUAAAGGGGCGGGGCUUGUGCUGGACAUCACGUCCAUCACCACGCAGGAUCUGCUGCAGGCUUUGAACGAGGUCAUCAAUGACACCAGGCACAAAGAGACCAUGAUGAGACUCUCUGCGCUGCACAAAGAUCGUCCUGUGGAGCCUCUGGACCUCUCAGUCUUCUGGACAGAGUUUGUGAUGCGACACAAGGGUGCCGACCACCUUAAAGCUGCAGUCUCUGGCCUCACCUGGGUCCAGUACUUCUGUGUGGAUGUGAUGCUGCUGCUGGCUGCUGUACUGCUGCUCUGCACCUUCAUCACACUCAGGUGUGUCACCUUCUGCUGGAGGACACUCGGCCGCAAGAGGAAACAAGACUAAAGCUUUGACCACCACAAGACAAGCAGUAGGAAAUGGAUGGAUGGAUGGACAAGCAGAUACAUUGAAAAGGUGUGUUAUUGUUUGGGCCACGGCGCCAUCUUUUGGACUAGUUUGCUUACUGCAGGUGCUGCUGGGUAAAUGUCUACACUGUAGAAGUUAUGUAAUCACUCCUGCCACCAAUUAACUUGUACAAUAUAACUACAACUACUCACACUUAUUACAUGUCUGGAUGAGAGUUUUAACACAUAUUACAG